CUGGAAGCUUUAUUAAUGCCAACAUUUAACUUGCUUUCCAACGUUUACCAAACCACCAACCCCUAGUUAACCAAAAACCCCAAUCCCCCCACUAAACAAACAUCCAAAACACCGGUUAUUUUACCAUCUCAAUAUUAGCAUCAUCUCCCAGCUGCCAUCAUUCACCUUAAAAGACGGCUUUUGACAGCGAAGGUGAGAACAUUGUUGGAACGUAUCUCGUUUCCUAUCCGCCAUUAUAGUGAGAUCCAUGGAGAGAUUGUGGUUAUCUGGUGGUUUUAAGUGAUUAAUCCAUACUGUGUGGAUUGAUACCAAUCCAAGUGUAGUGUCGAAAAUGGAUAUAUGAUGUCUACGCACUCACAGACAAACGGGGCAAGCUUAGAAGAUUGCCACACUAAUUUCUUCGCCUUGACUGACUUGUGCGGGAUAAAAUGGCGGGUAUAUGUAUGGGACAACCCUGGCGGAAGUGGCGGCGGUGGCGGCGUCGGCGGGGGCGGCGGCGGCGGCGGGGGAGUGCCAGCUGACCCUCUGGAAGACCCCGUGCUGGUGUCGUACUCCCGCAUGGUGGCCGCUGACGUGCUGUGCGUGUGGCGACGUACGUGGCGUCCGCCGCACGACCAUGUACCUCCCUCCCCCCAGCAGUCCAACUACCACCAUCACCACCACCACCACCAGCACCACCAGCAGCACCACCAGCAGCAGCGCCACUCACUCAAGCACUCACCUAAGGAACUCUGGGUGUUUUGGUACGGUGAUGAGCCAGACCUCUCCAACCUGCUGGCACCGGAGCUGCUCAAGAGUGUGGAUGCUGGGGGGAGGUGGGAGUGGGUUUCCACACUAUUCUAUAAUUGCGUACCCCUUCUGUUUAAGGCAGACCAAAUUGAAAGAUGUCUUCUAACACGGGAUUUUGUGAGGCUGGGUCGCUGGUUUGUGCAACCUUACGAGGGUCCAGAGGGUAUCCCGGGUAGUAGUAGUACCCACUUGUCCUUCAGUUUAUCAUUCUUUGUCCAUGGUGAGAGCAUCGUCUGUGCGAGUGUAGAUGUACGGCAGCAUCCACCAGUAAGACAGCUGACCCGUCGACAUCUACUGUUGGCGCAACAAACCAACCAUGGCAUACCAGUGAUCUUGGGCCCAUAUGGACUGAGUGGUACACUUACUGGUGUAAGUUAUCGCCAUUCUGAACCUCAAAUACAAAAACUCUUGGAAGAUUGGAGACAGUUUUUUCCUGUAGAAACCAAAGUUCCACCCACAGACUCCCUGGAGCCUGCUCUCCCCGCAGCUGUCGAAGUUAUUGUGGGAGGCCACAAGAUGCGCUACCCAACGUGUUAUGUGUUAGUGACGGAUAUGGACGAUUACCUGAUGGCUGGGCGAGGUGCAAGUAUUUUAAAUAUGGGACAAAUGGCUCCUGGGGGCCUUAAGGGAGGGCUGGCAAACGAGAGUACUUCAGAGGGUAGCGACGGGUCAAACCUUCCCACACACAAUUCUCCCUUCACAGCUUCUACGCAUACUCUUUUAGCCUCGGAGUAUCUAAACUCUGGGGGACGAGGCUUGGGCUGGUCUCGGGGAAUGUGCGAACGUGUCUGGCAAGAUAUAGUACAAUGUCCUGGACAGCAGCCCCCAGUGCAGCAUGAUUGCCUCACUCCAGAAGGAACGUUAACCCCUGCAGAAAUUGCUGGCCAAUGGGACUUCUCUGACCCAGCCACGAAGAUCAGCUGUUCGUGUGCCAAGUGCAGAAGGGGUCGGGUCAGUAGUAAAGGGUGUAGCAGCAGUAAGGGCCGGGGAGAGAAAAGUAGUGGGGGAGGCGGGCGUCAACGGGGGGGCAGCUCGGUGACUGGCUGCACCCCCUUCCACAAGCGGCCCCCUCCGGCUCCCCUACCCUCGCAUGAUGAGGCGGUCCUGGACCAGUGUGGCGUGGCAGCCAUCGAAGAAUCUGAACUAAUCCAGGCUGCUGCCAGAUUGAGUGGGGCCGGAACUCCUAGCGGUGGCAACGGAAGUGGAGGUUUUAGCGGCUACAAGAGUGGAGGUGUGGCCACUCCAGGCAGCGUACCCAGCUUACGAUUAACAGGAGUUGCUGACGGUCCACCUCCAUCAGUCGACUCCCCUGCCUCUAUAACACCGUCACCGCUUCCGACGCCUCACUCUCAACCUCCGUCUGUGCCUCAUCAUGGUAACCUCAUGCCAACCUUUAAAGUACCUCCACCACCACCUUCUAAUAAUUAACCCAACUCUGAUAAUGGGUCCAACCUAUCACACCCGGUGCACCUUAUUGAUCAUAGAUAUGUAAAGCGCAACAUCUCUGACAUAAUGGGUCCUAAGUCCGUAUCAUCGCCUAACAACCAGGGUAUGUCUCCGUAUGGUGGAGGCGAUAGAGGGAAUGGCAUGGAAUCAAAUGACACCAGCAGUAGUUUGGGCGGACUUGGAAGCAGCAAUGGUUCUAUACGAGGAUUGAAGCGACCAUCUCUUCCUGGCACCGACUACCAUUCCCUCUUGGAAUUAGAGAAACCCAGCCCCGUCCUCUAUGACUACACCAAAUUAAAUGCGUGGCUUCAUCAUCCUGUAAAGAAGUUUAAACCGUCAGAGCCUAAAGUAGAAGAACCUCUUUGGCCGCCCUACAGACCAGCUCACAUCCAGGAACACAUGGACCCUUAUAGACCAGAGAUGGGUCAGGAGAUUCCGGAAAUGAAUGGUUUACCAGCUAAAUAUCCCGGUGGUAUCAAGAGAGAAGCCGACCCCUGUGACUCCGACGAUGACCUUGGAUCUGUUACUACUCAGGAGGUAAUCAAACGGAAAGACGGCCUUGAUAAAGACGAGGCCAAAACUCCGGGCAGUGUUCGGUCAUCGCAUGACCCACAUUCUCCUUCUCAACCAAAGAAAACUGGAAAUUUAUACACAAUAGAAGGACUCCAGCCUUCUUUAUCAGAUUUAGAUGAAAUCUUCGAUUCAGAUUCUCCUGUGGAUGAUGCCACAUUCCCAGACCACACACCUCCAGGAUCUAAUAAACCAUCGGGAGGACCUGAAGACACUGCUGCAGUCAUUAAUAAUAAAAAUAGUGGAGGCGGAAAUAACAAAACCAGUGUGAAUGCAAGUCUAGUGGAGUUAACCAAAAUGUUUCCAACACCCCCAUCCCAUGAACACAAUCCUGACCAUGACACUGCUUUAGAUGAUACAGUAUCUCAGGUCAUCAGUAUUAAGCAGGAGCGUAUUGAAGAACCUAGGAUCAUAAAUACACUAGAACCCUGUGCUAUUCCCAUAAAAGAAGAACCAGCACAGAUGCUAGCUGUCUACCGACCGCCCUCUCUGUCUAUGUUUGUUGGGUCAAUAAAGUAUGCUCCUCUUCUAAACCUUCCCAGUCAGGAACAUAAAACAAUCGUCACUAUUCCAGAGGAAUGGGUAUACAAACCUUCUUGGCAAUUUCCAGUUUCUGAUAAGUCACAUGGAUCAGCUCCUCCCAUGGUCCAUAUGGGGCCCCUGCAUGGGGGCCCACCAACUGGUAGUCAUGGUCAAAAGGUGGGAUUGUCUCCCAUAUCACCCAUGACCUCUAGUAUUGGAGGCCCUGCAUCAGACGGUGGUCCUGGGUCUCAACGUGGGCCUGGUAGUGUUGGGCCUGCAUCAGCAGGUCCACCAAUGAACUACGAGCUACCAUCACCAGCGUCCAAUCAGUCAUCUUACCUCAACAAGACACUGCCGUCGGUAGAGCCUCCUACUAUGGGGCUUAACCAAGUACCUGAAGCCAAUUCCCUCAUUGUUAAUGUUGCACUGCAAGACUCUAGUGUGAACCUAUUUAGAGAUCACAAUUUUGACUCUUGCACAAUGUGUGUGUGUAACAAUAGCCAGAAAAAUGUAGGUAAUAUUCGUGGUAAUGAUGGAACUCUUUAUUUGCCCCCUACACAUCUAAGUGUGGAAGAAGAAAGUAUUAAGUGCAACUGUGGUUUUUCUGCGAUAGUUAAUAGAAGGUUAGCCUUUCAGGCUGGUUUGUUUUACGAGGAUGAAGUGGACCUUACUGGCCUCCAUGAGGCUCUAGCAACUGAACGCAAAAAACAGUCCUUGCUUUUGCUAAUGGAUAAUAAGGGUGUAGAUAAUGCUGACCGUGAAACCAGUAUUUUAGAUCAGAUACCUCAAUCUAUGUUUCGUCUUUUGCAAAGCCAGUGCUUAGUAACGUUAAGUGCGCCAUCUAGUGUUAUAUAUAGAUCAACGACUGUGUACCAAAAUACUAGACGAGACAUUUUGUUAAAUUUAGUGGAUUAUAAGGAUGGAAAUGAAAUUGCAUGUAUGGCAGUUGAACAGUCUAGAGGAGCAAAUCUUAGUGAUAGUGAAAGUGGCUCCCCAGGAAUCAGACUUCAGUGCAUGCACAAAUGGUGCUAUUACCAAUUCGAUGGUCCCAGAUGUUCUAAAGAUAUUGUGAGGUGUAUGAAGGCCCUUCAGCCACACUUACAAGAAGCUAUACAAAAGAAAGGGCGGAGAGUCAAUUGGGAGCCAGUGUUUAGUGUUGAUGGUCCUCUGACGUGGAGACAGUUCCAUCGUAUGGCUGUGAGAGGCACAGAGGAUAUGGCAGAACCAUUACCAAUACCUAUGCUAUUAACUGGUCAUGAUAGAGACUGGUUAUCUAUAGCACCACAGUCACUAAGACACUGGGAAAAGCUACUUCUGGAGCCAUACUCACAACAGCGCAAUGUUGCCUAUGUUGUGGUUGCUCCAGACAACGAGUUUAUUCUUAAUCAUGUACGCACCUUCUUCAAAGAAUUAUCUUCUAUAUAUGAGUUAUGCAGAUUAGGUCGUCAUUCACCCAUCCAGCGAGUUUUGAGAAAUGGCAUUAUGCGGAUAAGUAAAACUGCAGCGUCUAAAGUUGCAAACGAACCUUUGGAGGAAUGGUUUUCCCUCCUGGGUGAUUCUCACAUGUCUACUAAGCUCAAAGUUUAUGCUCAGGUGUGUCGACACUGGUUAGCACCGCACCUAUCAACACUGAACAUGGAUAAGAGUCUCUUCGAGGUGCCUGGAUCAAGCAAAGCUAGUGAAAGACAAGCACCUUCUCCUAUGCCUCCACCAUCUUCAGAAACUGUUUGCAAUACAAACACUUCUACAACACCCACAGCAAAUUCUGAACCUGAAGCCACUUAUUCUUCAAAUCCAACCGUCUCCAAUUCGCAAGGAACUGUCUAUUUGGAACUGGUGCUAGUCUGAAGAAUUGAUGAGGAUGACCUUCCCCCCUGCUUUUUUUUCCUUGUCUACCUAUUUUGACCCUUAAAUGUGGGCCCCAGGUCCCCCAGAUAUAACCGUUUUUUUUACCUACCACUCAGAUGUUACGAACACUUUUUGGAAGGGCCCUUUCCCGAGUAUGCGAAUAAUGUUUAUCUCCAGAUCAUCUCAUUGGAAAGCAUCCUAGAGCUGGCCAGUGAUUCCCACGAUCGAUCUCGAUACAUCGACCAACUUAAGUCAUUAGCAUUUUCAGUGUUUAUGCAGUGCAGAAGAACUCUCUCCCACAAUGCUGUAGUAAAGUCGCUUACCGGCUUCGGACCAGCGUCUGUUUAUGACGGGUUUCUGAAACCCAAAGAAGCUAGUAUUGCAGCAGAAGAGAAGCGGCUAGCGCCAUAUCAUAUCUUUUCUCCGGCAUAUAUCCUGGCACCUAUAAAGGAGAGCCGUGGCACCUACAAAGAGGCACAAGAGGCUUUAGGAGUGCCAAGGGAGAAAUCCACUAUACUAAAUUGCACUUAUUGUUUGUCUGAAGAUCAAAGAUGGCUACUGGCAACUGCCACAGAUGAAUUGGGAGAAAUUUUAGAGACUGUAACCAUCAGUAUAGAAAUUCCAAACAGAACGAGAAGAAAGAAAGCUUCUGCACGUCGACAUGGUCUGAAAAAGUUAAUGGAUUGGAUACUAAGUGUUAUGUCUAUUGGUGUUCAUCCUUGGCGUUUGGUUGUGGGCAGAUUAGGAAGAAUGGGACACGGAGAAUUGAAAGGAUGGUCGUCUUUGCUUUCUCGAAAGUCUCUGACACAAGCAUCUAAAAAUCUUAAGGAGAUGUGCAAGCAGUGUGCUUACCUCUUUCCUGGAGAUGCACCGUGUAUACUCUCUGCUUGCUUAGUUUCUAUGGAGCCCGAUUCUUCAUUUCGAAUUAUGCCAGAUAUGUUUACACCCGAUGAAAGAUUUGGCCAGAAUAGUCAAAAUUGCAGUCUGUCUACGCCACAGGACCUCACCUGUACUCACAUACUGGUCUUCCCAACAUCUGCUACAGCACAGUCAGCACAGCAGAGAUUCCAAGAUGAGCAAGCUGUACAUUUUGAAAAUGUCGACUUGUUAUUGGAUGAAGAUUUGCGAGAUGAUAUGGGUGGCGGCAUGGGUGAUAUUGGUAUUGGAAUGGGAUUAAGCUUAAAUGAAAUUCUCAUGCUUGAUAACUGUCCAAAUCAAGAUGAUCAGAUGGAUGAUGGUAGUGGCCAGCGAGACUCGCUCUCUCAACCCGGUAGUCCAACUAUGGGAGGAGGGGGUGGAACAAGUCCCUCGCAAUUUUCCGGACAGGCUCGUAGCAAUGGAGUGGUUUUGGUUGAUCCGCAAGAAGACUCUAGUGGUUCUGUCUUGCAACAACCUCUUGCUCUUGGAUAUUAUGUGUCGACGGCCUCCACCGGGCGACUCCCGAGAUGGUUCUGGUCGUCCUGCCCACACCUUGAAUCAUCUUGCCCAGUAUUUCUAAAGUCAGCCCUCCACCUCCAUUCUCCAGGCAUUACUCAGUCUGAGGAAUUUUUGCAUAGCACAAAUAACAAAGUCCACCCUUUGGAUUCUUCAUAUACCACUGAUGUUCUCAGAUAUGUUCUUGAAGGCUACAAUGGGCUUUCGUGGCUAGUCCUAGAUCCUGCUAAACAGGACAGAAGAUCGUGCCUGCCACUACACAUGCAAGUCCUGUCCCAUCUCUACAAUGUUAUGGCAGCCCUUGUUUGAUAGCCAGCCAAUGAACUCUUGAAGAAAUUUGGCCUGUUUUCAUUCUUCUCGUCUUGCUUUCUUAUCUCAAUUCGCUCUGGUGCAAUUCAUGGGCUUUACAUGGAGAUAUUAUUAGGCCACACAGUUACAUGACAAAGUGCCCUUCACACAAAAUUGGUCUUGUUAAAUAUAUGCAAGGUUGCUAUUUCAAAUAGUCGUAUACUUUUGUAUUCAUAUAAAUUUUAAUGUUUAAAGAUUCUAUAGUGACAAAUAUUCAUAGAAUCUCUAAAAAAAAAGUAGCUGUUUGUAUUCAGAACCAUUUAAUACAGGGCAUUAUGUCCAGAAAUUUGGCAACAGAAAUCAAUAAUAUAUUAUUAUUGAUAAUGUAAUUGAUAAUAGUAAUAAUUAAAAUAAUAGUAUACAAAUGAAAGGCCUUUCUUAUUUGGUGAGGCCUAUAUAAAUAUUGAUACACUAGCCAAAGCACACUUACUCAUUUGUAAUAAGUGUAGAGAAAGCCAGUGCCUGGGUGGACAUGGAAAGUAAACAUCAAGAAUACUACUUAAGCAAAUUAUCUGAAGACAAGUGUAUGAAGAUUAGUGGAUAGCAGUUUAACCAAAGCAUUAUUAAAUAGGGCUGAUGCAUAAUUUUUUUAAAUGCUCAAAGAGAAGGUCAUACCUCACAAAACUUGCAUUAUCUCUUAAGAUCACUGUAUAUACUUAACUUAUUAUGGCCAGAAGUCCACCACAAAGCAAUCAAAACAGACCUGCCUUAUGAUAAUGAACAGAUUUAAAUUAAUAGGUGGAUAAACUUUUCAGGAGCACAAGUUUCAUAAAUUAUUAUGAAGUAAAAUAAUGCUCAUUUUUCACAAUGAUAUAUUUUGGAAUCACACAAUGAAUUACUUGCCAGAGCAAAACUAGGUGGGCCGUUUGUAUCGUGGGCUGGGCGCAGUAAACCAGUGCAUUGUUAGUGACUAGUAUCCAAGCAGGAUUGUCUGUGAUAAUGAUAACAGAUUGAUUGUACUUCAUAAUUGGAUAUUUAUGCCUUUUUAUUAUUAACACUCGUUUCAGCAUAGCCUGGUGCUGAUGACUUUAAUAAUGUAAAUAAAGCAGUGGUGUUGUACAAGCUGGGUGGGUCAGAUCUUUUAAUGCCUUGAUAUGCUACUGCCCUGAGGCUCUCAGAGUAGUGUACAAUGUAAGUUGUACCAAUAUGUGUACAUAUAGCCUCUUGCACCUGUAGCCAAAUUGUAAAUAAUUAUUAUGGCAGGUGGCUCCUUAAUGGAGCACGAGUAGGCAGUAGCAUCUCAGUGGCACACAGGUUCCCCACCUCUCUCCCAGCCCCUCCCCCUCCCCCCCACUGCUCUUAUGUACAGAAUCUAGGUUACAUGUACAGUGAGACACAAGUUUUACACCUCCUGACUGUUUAUACAAGUUAAGUAUUUUCCCCCUAAUGCAACCACCUCCAAACUUUAUGCAAAUGGAGGGGUUGUGAUGUAUAAUAUUUCUGUCGGUAAAUUCAAUUGUUUAUUUUGAGACUAACUUGAAAAAACAUAAAAAAUCAAGUAGCAUGUAAGGUUAGAUAGUUUAAAGAAAGUAUUUUACAAAUGAAACAUUUGUACAAGGAGUGUAUUUUAAAAAAGGUGAAUAACCAAGUGGAAGAUGGCAGAAACCUUCCAUGGCAAGUAUUGGCUUCACUCGUCCCAGGGCCUCAGGAGUUGGGCAAUCAGGCAGCUAAGUACAGUAAUCUCUUCCCUCAGCUGCAGUCUUGGUGUCAUCUAUCAGGUUUCUGUUGCACCAGCAUUAUGGCCAUCUAAUGUUUAAACAAUAUUAUGGUGGUUGUUUCUACAAUUGAUAGUGAACAGCAGAGCUGUUUUUGUCCCCAGUUAGUUGCAAUAUUUGCAAUGAUGGGGUAUUAAAAUCCAUGUAUAUGCUGCAGCCAAAGAUAUCAGAAACGUGCCUGAGGAUGCCCAGUUGGGGCCAAAGGGAUUGAGAAUGAAGACAAAACUUAAUGCACUUUUAUGCAUUCUUCUGAGGUUGGGACAGCCUUACGCCAGCCAGGGUGUGUGUGGAGCAAUCUAUUUAUGUGCGUCUCGUUAAUUCUGACCUGCCUACCUGUCUACCAAGUGGAAUGUGUGAGAACCUAAGAGUUUUGUUAAAUUUUUUAAGAAAUUUGUAUUUUACAGGAAAAUUUUAGCAUUUUAUAUGUAGAGUUUUAUUUGUGUAAACAAUUUUUGACUAUGCAGUAUUGUAGACAGAGUAUUUGCUGGUGUUUCAUCAGGUUAUGAAAAACACUGACAUUUAUUAAGUGGUUGUUGAUUCUCAUUCCAUUAUUCAAUUACAAAAAAUAUAAUUUGUUUCAUAUAUUUGAAAAAAAUUAUAAACACUGCAAUAAGAAGACUGGAUGCAAUCACAUGAAAUAACAAGAAGUUAGCUUUGUAUAGUGUAGACAGAUUACAGGUCUUAUUCUGCUGUGGGUCUAGUGGCAGCUCCCUUUCUUCCUUGCUCAAUACUGUCAUCAUGUUCAUUCUUAUAUCACAUUCAUGGAUACAACACUUUGGCCAACUUCGUACAAAAGCAUGCAAGUCAUAUACGUAUGUCUAUUGCUGCCUGAAUCUUCUAAAAAAAACAACUCUUUCAAAUACACACACAACUUUAGACAAUGAUAUAGUGGAAGCUGUCUUAUGGGAGUUCACAAGGACUCUUAGCACUGUGGUGCCUAACAUCCCUCCCCCCCGUUACAGUACCCAGACAUACACUGAAACCUUCACCCCCAUUUCCUUCCCACUCAUACUAACCCUACCACUCUUUGAAAUGCAUACCUCCUGUACUUUUAACAACCCCUUUCUUAUUUCGGUGUCUGUUUCUGGGAUGUUUCACCUGGAUGGCGGGCUUCUUCAGUCAAAUGCAGAAGUGAAAAAUACAUGGAGGCAGUUGAAGAUGAGACUGAGGUACUCAGUCCCACAACCUUGAGAGAUGUUCAGUUCCGUAGCAUUGAUCACUGAUCAGUUCUGUGAAACCAAACGUCCUCCCUCAGUGCUGAGGAACCGAACACCUUUAUCUCUUCAACUGUCUCGAGUGUUUUAGUCAUUUCUGUAUUCAUCUGAAGAAGUGUUGCCCAUGUGUCUUAAUUCAUUAACUUGUUGGUAUUGUAUAUCAUUGAUAUAAAUCAUGGAAUGGGUGGGGAUUGAACCCACACAAAUGAGUCCUAAAACUUGUAGGCCAGUUGGCUUUAGUUAUUAGAGCCAACUGGCCCGUGGUUAGCACACUUACCUCUGAGAUUUAGGACUUGCUAGCCAUGGGUCAGAGUCCCACCCAUUCCAUGAUUUGUUUGCAAUCAUAUUAUUACGAUUUUGUGAGUCAUACCAUUAAUGUAACACCCUACACCACAUCACCUUUACAAAGCAAUUCCACCCUACACACUUCCCUACCAUUACCCCCUCCCGUCACCAAACUUCCCUCCUGAACAGACUUGCUAAAAAAAAAAAAUUGACAAUAUUAUGUAUACAAUCACACCACAUUGUGUAGACAUAACUAAAGUCAUUGUUAUCAAAGUGUAUUUAUUAAUUCCAACAUAAUCAAGAGAAGCUGACAAAAAUAUUUGUUUUUGGGGUCGUAUGUUAAUAGUAAUGUACAUGACUGACAACAUACCCGUGACUGGUUUUGAGGGUAUGCCUACCCUCACAGUUGGCCUGAGGCCACUCUGUAAGACAUUACACCACUUGUGCAUGAGCAGGCAUUAUAUAUUAUUAUAUUGUUGUACCUAUGCUGUAAGAAAAGCAUAGUUUAUUUUAUAAUUUUCUCACAUCAGUCUGCACAAUUAUAUAAAAAAUUAAUUGAUUUGAAAGACCCGUAUUUUAAUCUAAUAUGAACUGGAGAGUAGUUCUAAUAUAUUGUAUUUAUAACUUUAGAACUGUAUUCACUGUUAACACUCAAAUGCGACACUUGGUCACUAUUAAUUUUAUGCACUCAAAAAUACUCUCUCUUUUUGUCAGAAUGUCCUGUGCUGUUGUAAUUAUUUUACUUGUUUACACCAUAUCAUACCUGUGUUUGUUAUGGGUCGCUGCUCUAGCCUAAAGGCUGUGUGAAUGUUCGUGCAAAAGUGACAGAGUGAUUGUUGGGGAAGUAAGCUCCAACUUUCCCCACUCUCAUUAUUAUCAUUGGUAUAAAAUACAAUUUUAUGUGUAAUAUGAAGUUUUUUAUCCUUAUAUCAACUUUGUAGUUUAGCACUUAUUAUAAUAAAAAAACAUUAAUAUACGACAAAUGAUACAGUUGCAGCAUUGACCAUUUACUAGAUUGUCAUGGCUAUUUUCUUAAUCUUGGAAGUGCUUUGAUGCUGGUGAUGGGCUCUUGAUCCAAGGAAUUGGACCUGUUCUCUCUUGGAAUGAACCUGAGUGUCUCCCAUCCUCAGAAAGCUUCCUCAAUGAUAGUAAGGGGGUUCUUGAUCUAAGGAAUUAGAUCUGAACUCUGGAUUGAGAUUGAUUACAUAGUUAAAGUGCUGUAGGACCCUAUGGGUUUAAAGCCUUCCCCUAAAUAAAAUAUAAGUUAACUUGAUCACAUUCCAACAUCAUCCACAAAAUUUGCUGGAGGAUGAAGCCUCUGAAAUUCAAACCCUCUUUUUUUAUCUCACUGUUCCCAGGAUGACCCCCAACCCUCCUACCUUCCAUCCCAGAUUUAUACACCCUCAUGAUAAUCUCUCUCCAUUCUUUAAUGAGUUGAGAGCAUUUAUGGAUGACAGAGAUUCAGUUAAUUAAAGUGUCAACUUUAAAUACAUGGACACAUUUGAGUGCAAGGAGUAUGGCAAACAGUUGUCCGAAGGGAUAGAGGCCCAGUUAUUGAUGUGCGCUCCAAUUUCUUUGAGUGCCAUCACUGUGACAGCAGCACCAGUGGAUGGUGAACAGAACCUCUAUAUGGUUAUAUAUUCUAGAAGAGACCCAUCAUGCAACUGCACCUCUAUCAAGGAGGAUGCCUAUUGAAUAUAAGAUUAUUAACCCAAGGUCAUGACACUAGGCUAAUACAUAUAUGGUUGGAGAAUCUAGUGGUGUGAAUCAUUAGCAAAAUUAAUCAUAUAAUGAUGGGGCUGGCUAGGCAUGGCAUUAGUGAGACUGAGCAUACCUCCCUGUGGGGUUUCUAAUUCCAAGUCUAGUUAUAUUUGUAUGCCCCUGGAACAACACCCAAAACUAUAGCCUUGAAGCCAUCAUCUAAUGUCCAUUCUAUUAAGUUUACUAAUGAUUACAUGUCAGUUAGUUACAUCAAAAGCAGAGAAGGUGGCUAUGCAAUGAUGAGCUCUCCUUCCAUGCAUGAAACUAGGUAGAUAAGCAUUAUUUGAUUCUGUAUACAAGAAUAAUCUUCUCAAAUGUUUUACACAAGCAGCUAGUAAGAGAUAUUGGGUUAGGAAUUGUGAUGGUGAGGCUGUUGGUCCAAGAUAGAGGGAGCUCCCCGGUUACAUAAUUCAAGGAAAGGAUUACCCAGUAUUCAACACAGCAGUCUGAAUAUGUUAUAAGUAAUACCAGGCGACAUGGAGAUACCCUUAAUGCAAGGAAUGUUAGUCAUCUUUCUUGCUGAGCAUAAAACAAAUGAAUGUCUUGCUUUCAUCAUAUUUGUCAAUUAAUUUUGCUUGUGUGGUACUGGGAAGAUAAUCUUAGCUAGAUGUAGCAGUGAUUAGGUCAUUCACUCUAUGUAAAGGAUGAGGGUGUGCAAUGUGACCAAUUCUGUUACACUUCAUUCUAUUUAUGUCCCUCCAUGCUUGGCUAAGGGGUGUGACCACUGACAAAUUUUUCCCCAACAAGGUCAUUUUGAAAGAGCCUUAGCAUUGCAGGGGUACCAGCUUUCUAUAGGCUAGGCCUAGUCUGUGAGGAGUACGUUUGAGUGUUCGAAGUUUAGGAUCAUUGUAAUAAAUAUUAUUUUUACAAAGUUAAUAGGGUUUAGAGUUCCAGGUUUCAGUGGCAGCUCUAAGAAGUUUUGAAUACUGCUUACAAGGUCUCAACAGAAGAACACUCAGGAAUUAUACCAGUUAGUCACAUGUGCAACAAAGUCAUCAUGCUGAUCAGGGAAAAUAUUCAAACAUUUCCUUUUGAAUAUCCCAGUAGGAAGGAUAGUAUUACCAAUAUCUAGCGAGGUUAGCCAUGGGAAAUGAUAUAUCUGUUAUAAUGGAAGACUCGCAGCAAUAAUGUUUAAGCCAGGGAAGUCUCCAUAGAUAUAUAUGGGCUCAAGGUUACCUACAAUUUGCAACAUUAUCAUGAUUAUUUACAAGUGAGAACAAUUGUUUACCAAAAUGAAUUUCCAAUGGUUUUGUGUCUUGUAUUAUAAUCACCAGUAAUAAGAGCAGGUUCAGACUGAGCACAAGUUGGGAGCUCCAAAUAAUUAAACUUAAAUGCUCAUGAUGAUAAGUUAAAUAAGUUGACAGGAGAAUUCCCAAUAUACAUCCUAGCACCAUGAUACUGUAGCUCCUGUUUUCUUAUGUGUGAGAAAUGAUUUUUUAAUAUAUAGAAUAAGUAGAUUUGAGGUUAUAUGUAACAAAUGAUGGCAAUUUAGGGGGUUGGGACUCGGCACUUGUACACACAAUAUCAAUGGGUUCAAUAGUUACUUUAUGGUGAAGGUCAGAAAAUAUUUUAAGUGAUGAAAUA